CUCGCCACGACACAUGGGAUGGAUCUAUUAUUGAUUCAAUUUGUUUCGAGAGUUCAGAAAAGACCCACCUACAGGAACCGACUCCUCAGUGGUCUGCUCCCCCCCUCCCGUUCUGUCUCUGUCGUCUCCUUCGCGCUACGCACGGGAGAAGCAGCAGUCUGCGCUGAGCCGAGCGCAAAUACAAGUAUCUUAUAGAUAAAGUACAGUUUGCGCCACUUUUGCAUUUUUUUUUUGGUUCCUCCAGACUCUCAAUGGGACCAGACGACUGAGACGAGCCCGUUGCAUCUAUCCCCCCCCCCGCCCCGGAGCCGAAGCCAUGGACUGUUGCGCACAUGUUUCGGUGCGCCUCUCCUUCCCUGGAUAUUUACGCAUCGCGCUGCUGUGGGUCGUGCAAUUACGAGCGCUCGCCCAACAUGCGCCAGAGUGUUUCCCAGGAGGCCACCGGACUUUGCGUAGCCCCUACCGCAGUGUCGACUUUGACUCCACAGAGAUCCAGAACACUGCCAUCCAGGAUCUGAUCUGUGACCACUCGCUGUCGCCGGGCUGGUACAGGUUCAAGAUCAACAACAAGCCGGCGGAGAUGCCGACCACCUGCAUUGAGAUGAACCGCUGUGGCACGCAGGCUCCCGUGUGGCUGUCGCUAAAGGACGCCUCCCUGCCGCGGCCCGGCGAGGUCCGCCAGCUCUCCGCAUGCGCCACCUGGCAGUUCUUCCACGGCAGCGCCAAAGAUUGCUGCCUCUUCCGCAUCCCCAUCACGGUGCGGAACUGCGGCGAGUUCCUGCUCUACCACCUGCAGCCCACGCAGGGGUGCAUGGGAUACUGCGCCAAAGUGACUCCCAAUUUGGGACCAAGACUCUGCCCCCCAGGUGAGGUGGAAGUCAACGGCCAAUGCAAAGCUGCUGUCCCAUCCCUGCCCAUGUGGCCGGUGAUCGCCCCGGAGCUGAUCGGCCACAGCGUCCACCUGAGGUGCUCCUUCGUGCCGCCGCCGUGGAGCCAGCCACUGGGCUUCCAGGUGGUUUGGGCUAGACACAUCGGCCACAGCAUGAAGGCCGAGAUCAGGCAGGAAUCCACGCUGAAGCCCUUCUCUCUGGCGGAGAUGGAUGGGGUUCACUUCAGGCUCGGGGAAACGUUCUCCUGCAGUGUGUCAACUUUCCGAGCCAACUCCAGCCACACCAGGUCUACCCCGAAAGAAAGCGAGAGUUUCUACGCGGGGCUGAAGUUUUCCCCGGACUCGCUCCACGUAGCAGAGAACAGACAGGAGCAUGAGGUGACCAUCCACAGCACAGUGCCCGUCCCCUGCUACAUCUCCGACCACGGCCACCAAUGUGGAGUCCCUCUGGCUCUGAGCGUCCACGAACCAGACAGUCUUGGACACGAGGCCUCAAACGUGGCGCUGUCCGCCUGCCAGGUGGAGCUCCGGGCCGACGCCUGUGGCAACGCCAGGUGUGGUCAGACAACGUUCGUCGUCACCGCCGUCACAGACUUCACGCGGGACGGGAACCGUCCGAGCCUGAUCGGUGUUCAGCCCGGACCCAACGCACCGCGACUCUGGAGGAGCUACGUCCCGACGUCCCUUAAAGUCACUGUCCAGGACGUUCCUACCGCCAUGUGCUACUCCCUGACUGACCCACACGUCAUUACGCUGGACGGCAGGCGUUAUGAAAACCACCAGACUGGCACGUUUGUCCUGUACCGGAGCCUCGCCCGGGAGUUUGAGGUCCACUCUCGCCAGUGGGACUGCGGCAGCCGACACUACGCCGUCGCGUGCAACUGCGGCGUCGCGGUGCGAGAGGGCAACGAGGUCGCCGUGUAUGACAUGUGCAAUGGCCAGCUGCAGGAGACCAGACCACAACUCACCCUGAAGAGCCUCGGUGACGAGGGCAGCCGGGUCAGGGUGCUGGAGUCCCACCUGGGGAAGAAGGUCACCUUGAUCUUUCCUUCCGGGGCCUUUGUUAGGGCCGACGUUGGCGAUUGGGGGAUGAGCCUGUCCAUCCGAGCGCCCAGCGUAGACUACAGAAACACCAGAGGCCUCUGCGGCACCUUCGAUCGCAAUGGCAACAAUGAUUUCCACAGCUCUGACGGAGGCUCCUAUGGCCCCGAUGACCUGCCUCGCUUCAUACAGGGCUGGAGGAUAGCUCCAGGUGAGAGUUUAUUUGACAAGACACCUCCCGGGACUACACAGGAGUUCAGGCGACCCUUCUGUCAGUGCCACAAGGGAUACAGCACUUCUCAUCACGCUGGCAGAGGGAUGAGGAACCUGUACAAUCCUUCCGCUCACGCCGACUGCGUAGCUCAUGAUAAUGUGGAUUACACAUCUGUGUUCCCCUCUAUGGACACGACCGUGGAAUACAUCAGGAGUCCAGGAAGAGAGGAAAGCAUCCUGGAUAUGUCUGACUUUAACAGUCACCCUCUGGAGAGGAGGCACCUUCGGUUUCAGCGUGAGAACGAGCAAGACAGUGGUCUUGAACUAGACGGCGAGUUCAGGGAGGAUUAUCUGCUUUCCACUGUCAGGCAGAGGAGACAGGCAUCAUUUGAAUUCCAGUCUGCCCAAAGCCUCAGUCAGGCCGAACUGGAGAAUUUGGCUUACUUUUUCCCCGACGAUCACCUGGCAGCGGCCCGACCGGAGGUGCAACCUCAGUGGCCCACACCAAGUGGCCUGAGCUCGGCCAAAGCUCUGGAGGUGUGUCAGAUGGCUUUGGCCAACUCCACCGUUGGCACAGUGUGCCGGGGACUUCUGGGACGGCGCCUGGACGAGGCGGUGGAUCUCUGUAUCCUGGACCUGCAGCUCAAAGACGACUUGGGCUGGGAGGAGGCACUGCUGCCGUACCUGGAGAAUGAGUGCGAGAGGAGGCUGCUGGAAAACCGGACCCAGAGAGCUUUGGAGGUGUCAGGUCCACCAGGGGUGUCUGGGGAAGUGAUGACGGCACUGCGCUGCCCCAACUUUUGCAAUGGAAAUGGCGAGUGUACAGAAUGGGGCUGCCAGUGCUAUCCCAGCCACAGCUUCUAUGACUGCAGCCUGGCUAUCAGCCAGCCAGUAGAGUUAACAGACUUGGAGAACAGUGGGUUGUGUGACAUCCGAGCCUUUGACUGUCGCAACGUUCGAGUCUUCGGCCUCGGCUUCAUCGACUCUCCUGACCUCAGCUGUCACGCCACCAGACUGAAGUACAUGAAUGGAGUUUGGGCCGCGGGGGAAAAACAGAGGACAAAAGCCACCUUUCUCAGCUCCAAAGCGUUAGACUGUGCCGUCCCGUCUUUGAGCAACACGGCUGUCAACACAGAAGAUUUCAUGAUGGAUGACAAACCAUAUGCACGCUGGGAGAUCAAGGUGACCAACGAUGGCUCCCAGUACAGCCAGGCCAAGGUGCUGACAAUCUACGACGGGGUCUGCCAGGUCUGCCAGGCAUUGCGUUCAGGACUCUGUAAGUUAAAGGAGCGGACGUGUAACAUCGAGGGGAUGUGUUUUGCAGAGGGAGACUCCAAUCCCGGCAGCCCCUGCCUCCUCUGUGACCCGGACACCUCCAAAUUCACGUGGUCUGUGAACCAAGUCAACGAGCCACCAGCCUUCCACCGACCUCAAAGUGACCUGCGGACGUUUGCCGGGGAGAACUUUGUCUUCCAGUUUGCGGCAUCGGACCCCGAGGGCUCGGCGCUCCUCUUCCAGCUGGAGGAGGGUCCGACGGGGGCCGUUCUCUCUCCGGCCGGCCUCCUUAUCUGGAGGGUCCCAGUGCUUCCGGAGGAGCAGGGACGUCGGUCGAGCCACUCAUUCCACUUCGCGCUGUCCGACGAGUGCAACGCCCAGAGCACCUUCACUGUGCAGAUUGACGUGGUGCCAUGCGGCUGCCGAAAUGGCGGCACUUGCGUGCCUGACGUCAGCUUCCCUGCCGGCAGCGGGAAGUACCUGUGUGUGUGUCCUGAGGGCCGGCAGGGCGAGCUCUGCGAUGAGGGCGAAGACGACUGUCUGUCGGCGCCGUGCGCGGCCGGCGAGUGCGUCAACGCGGUCGGCGGGUACAGAUGCGAGUGUCCUGCAGGGUUGAGAGGUGUAACAUGUCUGGAAGAUGUCAACGAGUGUGAAAGAAAGCCCUGUUUCCCAGGAGUUCAGUGCUUCAAUAGCUUCGGCUCCUACGGCUGUGGCCCCUGCCCCAAGGGCAUGCUGGGAAAUGGGACGAAAUGUGUGGCAGUCGUCAGGCCGGCCACCGUCACUCCCACAUCUGCUCCUCGUACGACUGUCUUCAACGCACCAGAUGUUUUGCUGGGACCCCCCAAAACUAAGACAGACACUUUCCAGAAGACCUCAAGCGGUAGCUCCCCGCAGACGAGGGCUGAGGCGGCGAAGACAAUUCCAAGAAUUGACCCAGGGCGAUCACAGGCCAAGACCACCACUUGGAGAAAGACUCCAGGAAUGAUCCUAAAUCCGACUCUAAGCAAGCCAGUUACCAGCAAGAGCAUCACAGCUAUUGCAUCAAGUCUCUCCCAUACAAAGACAGAUGCGUCGAGAGGAAACCAAGGAAGUGACUUCCAGCCUCCCAGGAUUAACACAGACGCACUCAAGAACAUUUCGGGAAUUACAUCAGACCAAGUCAAGGCUGAUCAGUCCAAAAUCAGCAACACUAUAGUCAAGACACCCGCUGUAGCCCAACCACCAGGAAAUGGCAGAUCAGCUUUAGGUUCGGUUCCGUUUCCAGCUGUCAAUGUGUCGGCUACGUGUGCCAGCAGGCCCUGCUUUCCCGGGGUCCAGUGCAUCAACCGCAGGCCUCCACACGUGGGCUACGCCUGUGGCCGCUGCCCGCCCGGCCUUUACGGCAACGGACGUGUCUGUAUGAAGAACGCCAAGGCAGCAUCCAAUCACCUCCCCCAGCAGCAGACAGAGGGCAAGACCAGCCGAUCCCCGCACGGAAUUGGCAGCAAGGUCUCCCAGCUCCACCUGCCCAACCUGCCCAGCAGACACGGUAUCAAACACCUGUCCUCCUUGUCCGUCACCAGACCGCACCAGGAGAAAGCACUGCCGCGCCAGGUUCCUGCAACGGGGAGGGGAGGGGGCACUGGGAGGAGAGAGGCCAUGACUGCUUCCAGAGACGUCACAAAAACAUCGCUGAGCACCGUCCACGUCAGUGCAAACACCCACGUCGCCCGGCAAAGUGCCAACUCUAGGUCAGACGCUAGGACAUUGGCGACAACUAGUACCACCGCCUCCAGAAAGUUCCAAGUCUCCCGUGUGACUGUCUCCCAGAAGGCUGAAGCCGCACUGACCGGUGCCACACCUUUCAGGGUAACCCCGCCCGCUCCGCAUCUCUCCACUCGUGAGGUGACACAGUCCAAACACACAACCAAGCCUCAGCCCAACCACCUGGCGUCCACCCAGGCCAAACUCUGGACCGCCCCUAGACCGGCUCUCCCACUCACGGCGGCCCUCACCGCUCUGUCCUACUCGCUGUCCGAGACGGAGUUCUCCGCAGACGGAGACGAGGCCGAGCCGGGAUCCGAAAGCGCAGAGAUGCCGCAGGUGGUCCCGGCGUUGACCUUCACAACACCGGGCAAGACGUUCUACGGCGCCCCGUUACAGAGAGCUGCCUCUGUCCAGCCGGGGGUCAGGAGUGGUACAACAAUCGACAGACAUGCGACGACCUGCGACGACCUGCCGUGCUUUCCUGGCGUCCAGUGUGAACCUGUCGCGCAAGGUGGCUUCAGCUGCGGGAGGUGCCCUGUGGGAUACACUGGUGAUGGACGAGCUUGUCGAGCUGUUUGCAGGCAUACAUGCGGUAGGAACAUGGUGUGUGCUGCGCCGAAUACGUGCCGCUGCAAGCCAGGCUUCACUGGAUAUGAUUGUCAGACAGCAAUCUGUGAUCCGGAGUGUAUGAACGGGGGCGUCUGCCUCGCUCCAGGCGUGUGUCAGUGUCUGAGAGGUUUUCAAGGUGAAACUUGCCAGGAAGCUCUGUGUGGCGUACCAUGUGAAAACGGAGGCACCUGUGUGGGACCGCAGACUUGUUCCUGUCCUUAUGGGUUCGUUGGACCCCGAUGUGAGACCAUGGUGUGUAACCGCCACUGUCACAACGGAGGUGAGUGUGCGUCUCCGGAUGAGUGCACGUGUCUGCCAGGCUGGACCGGACCAUCUUGUGAAACCGCUCUCUGCUCUCCUGUCUGUCUGAAUGGAGGCUCGUGUGUUCGGCCGGAAGUAUGCGAGUGUCCCCAUGGCUUCUACGGAGCACAGUGUCAGAACGCUGUGUGUACUCCACCCUGUAAAAACGGUGGUGUAUGUAUGAGGAACAACAUCUGCUCCUGUCUACAGGGAUACAUCGGGAGGCGCUGCGAGAAAAGUGUGUGUGAGCCCAUGUGUAUGAACGGCGGCCGGUGUGUGGGUCCAGAUGUUUGCGAUUGUCCGUCGGGUUGGCGCGGGAGGAGGUGUGAUAAACCCAGUUGUCUGCAGAGGUGUUUGAACGGAGGCGAGUGCGUGGGUCCCAACACCUGCCACUGCGCCCCGGGGUGGCAAGGCAUGCUGUGCCAGAUCCCUCACUGUGAACAAAAAUGUCUGUACGGCAGCCGGUGUGUCCAACCGAAUGUCUGCGCCUGCCGGAGCGGAUACUCGGGCUCUCUCUGCUCCAGGAGGCUCCCUAUUGUCCAAGGUUGAGAUCCACAGCUGGAGUCCGAUUAGCACCCAUAAAUCCUUCAGGUGAUCCCGGAGCCGUCGGCGCAGAGCAUCGUCAGAAGAAAAAGUGUCUAAAGUUCUCCCCCACUGGAUUACACUGCAAAGUUCAAAUUCUGUGCAAACCAAGCAGAACAAAGUCUCACUCCAAAGGUCAGAUUCAUCUCUGAGUCCAGUACAGGACCUGGCCUUGCUCUUAAACAGGAAGCAGGGGGGCGGGGGGGACAGUCAGACUUUGUGCUUGUUGCACUUACUACUUUUAUUUCUUUGUCCUGCAUCUCUAGCUACAGCAAGUGGUGCCAGGUAGAAAUAUGAUGAGGUGGAGGGCGAUAAAUUGUGUAUUCCAAGAGUAAACUUCAAAUUAUCUCACAUUAUUGCUCACGGUUUCUGCUUCUAGUCUACGUUUUAAGAUGGGCUAAUAGGACUGGCUCCAUCAGCUGAUACUUUAUUCAUCGAUAAUCAUUCUCUCAUUUUUAACCUGUAGCCGAGGUCAUAAACCCCGCUCGGAUACUUUUAUUUUUUUUCUCUCUAAGUGCCAUCAUUGCCAGGUUCUACACUCCAAACCCAACCAUCUGUAUGCAUAUUUAUUUAUUUGGUUGUUUUAUACUGUUGCAUAUUUCUCAUUGUAUAUAUCUUAAUCGCUGUGUAAUCUAUGUUAUUUCUUAUUAAAGCAUUGAUUAUUUGUUGUUUUGUAAGAAAACAAAUAAAGAUCCUAAUAAGGUA